UUAUCAAAAUAUACAGCAAUUGUGAACAGCCGGCAAUGGCGAACGAUUCCUCGUAUCUCGCGCCUUCAGUAUUUUUAAAUCAUGGCGGCGGGCCCUACCCAGUUAUGGGCCAAAAAAAUAACCUAGACAUCGCAAAAUCUUUACGUGAAGUAAAAAAUUACGUGAAUUUAAACCUACUGAAAGCAAUAAUUGUAGUCACGGCCCAUUGGGAAGAAGAUAUCGUGUCAAUAUCGUCCGGAGAAAACCCAGAUUUGUUGUUUGACUACUACAACUUCCCGCCUGAGACGUACAAAUACAAAUAUGGCGGACGCGGCGACCCGGUUUUGGCGCGAAAAAUUUUUGACGCGCUGUCAAAAGAAGGCAUAGACUGCAGGCUGGACGACAAAAGAGGUUGGGACCACGGAGUUUUUGUUCCUAUGAUGCUGGUUCGUCCUGAGGCUGAUAUACCAAUAGUACAAGUGUCUAUAUUGAAAAACCAGGACGCGAAGCAGCAUUACGAAUAUGGAAAAAUAUUGGGACAGUUUCGUAAAGAUGGUGUCGCCAUUUUUGGUUCAGGUUUAUCUUAUCAUAAUAUGAAGAGGUUUAGAGAAGUUGAUACGGCAGAGGAGUUGGAAAUAGAGAAUCAGGAAUUCGAUGACUUUCUAAAUAAGGUUUGCACAGGUGACGAGCAGACCCGGGAACGGUUAAUAUCCUGGAAGACUGCUCCAGGUGGUCUGCAAGCGCACCCCGAGAGCCACGCUGACCACCUCAUGCCUCUCGUGGUGGUCGCGGGUGCUGGCGGCCCGGUCAAAGGGAGGAAAGUGUUCGAAUCCGCUUUCUACAACCGAUUCAGAUUGAGCGGGUUUUCUUGGGAAUAAAACACUUUAUUACACCA